AUGACCGAAGGUGAGGGUGAUCGAAUUUAUCUCCGUAUCGAUGGAAACAUCACACUUGGAGGUCUCUUUCCAGUCCAUCGCCGUAGUAGUACGACAGAGAACGCUUGUGGGGACAUAGACCUACUUCCUGGAUACCAGUACCUCGCUUCCAUGCUGUAUGCUCUUGAAGAAAUAAACGAGAGUCAGGACAUUCUUCCAGGAAUUAAGCUCGGGGCGAAAAUAUACGACACUUGCCGAAGUCAGACGAUUGGUUCCCAAGGCGCAAAAGAAAUAAUCAAGUACACGCUUCGUGAAAAAAAUAGCAUUGCACCGCUAGCAGGUGUCGUCGGACCAUUCCGAAGUGACGUGUCUGUAGCUGUUGCAAAUUUGCUUCGUGUCUUUAACAUCCCUCAGGUCAGCUACGGCUCAACUACCCCAGUUCUAAGCAAUAAAGAUCUCUACGGUUACUUUUUACGCACUGUCCCGUCAAAUUCGUAUCAGGGCAAAGCAAUGGUGGAUGUUGUUCGUCACUUUGGAUGGAGUUACGUCAUGACCGUGUAUUCCCCGGGGGAGUAUGGAGAGAGAGGCAUGGUCAAAUUCUAUGAAGAGGCAGAACGUGCGGGGAUUUGUAUUGCAAACAAGAAAAAACUUCCUUCUUUCCCGACGGAGGGAGAUUUUGACAAAACCAUUCAAGAACUCCUUGAAAUUAGGAAGAAGAAUUUCCGCGGAAAACUAGAUGCUGUUGUUCUGUUUUGUAUUCAGCGAGAUAAUAAAGGCUUAGUCCGUGCAGCACAAAAAGUGUUGAAAAAUGGAGACAGAUUUUAUUGGCUUGCAAGCAAUGCGUGGGGAGAUCGAAAACAAGUAACAGACGGAGCAGAAGAAGCAGGUGAGGGAGCCAUCACUAUGAAUUAUAUUGAAGGCGAAGUUGACUCCUUCAAGAAAAAGUUUUUGAACAUGAAACCGUCCCUGAACAAGUACGGUCCAUGGUUUGAAGAAUUUUACCAAGAAACAUUGAAGUGUAAGCUCAAAAAUGCCUCAAAACCUAAUUACAAACGGGAAUGUUCAGCAAAUGAAUCUCUUCCUAAUGACAUGGAGAUCGGGCCUGUCCGUGUUGUGAUAAAUGCUAUGUAUGCUAUGGCGCAUGCACUCAACAACAUGCAUUUGACACUGUGCUCUGGACAGCAUGGUCUAUGCAACAACAUGAAGAAUCUGAAACGGGAACAAUUCUUGACCUUUUUAAAGAAUGUGUCUUUUCCAGAUGCGUCACUUGGUUUUAACGUGACUUUCAACCAAAACGGAGAUGUAGAUGGAAAUUAUAACGUGCUGAAUUUCAAAAAAGUGGAUGGACGAUAUAGGCACUUUAUCGUUGGAAACUGGAGCGGCGCAUUAAAUGGGGAUGGAAAAAUCCAAGGAAAAAUCAGAUUAGAUGACGACAAGAUUGUGUGGGGUGGAGGAAAAAAAAUCACUCCAUUAUCUUAUUGUAGCAAAACGUGUCCGGCCAAGCAGAUAACAAUUCCAGAAAUUACCAACGCUCGGUGCUGUUGGCGAUGCGAGGGCUGCAGUUCGAAUGAUAUCAUUAUAAAUAACACAUGCUCACUUUGUGGAGAAGGAAAGAUACCAGACACCAACAGGACAAAAUGCUUCAAACUGCCAGUUGUCUCCCCGACUUGGAGUGACACUCCUGCGCAAGUUUUAACCGGAUUCAUAUCUGCUGGAAUUAUUGCCAGCAUUGCCACUGCUGUGAUUUUCAUCUUGGAAAGGAAACACCGCAUUGUAAAAGCCUCUGGAAGAGAGCUUAGCGCAAUUCUAUUCAUGGGAGUCUUUUCGUGUUAUAUUGCCGCGUUAUUGCAUUUUGUGAAACCGCAGACCACAAUCUGUGGCGCCAAACGCUUUACUGACAGUGUUUCAAUGACAGCAUGCUACGCGCCUGUCUUAUUACGAACAAACCGCAUUUAUCGCAUAUUCAAGGCUGCCCAGAAGUCAGUUCGGCGACCGACGAUGGUAAGCCCACUGUCACAAACAUUUGUAGCCCUUGGUAUUAUCGCUUCUCAGUGUCUAAUAACAAUGAUAUGGGUUUUAUCAAAACCUCCCCUGGCUGUGGAAUAUUACGGCUAUAAAGACCGCGUAAUUCUAGAGUGCAGCACGGACGACUUCAGUUUGGCAAUAAACUUGUGUUUCAAUGUCAUUUUAAUGUUUAUCUCGACCGUGUAUGCGUUUCGAACCCGGAAUUUUCCAAGAAAUUUUAACGAAGCUAAGUAUAUCGGCGUGACGAUGUACAUAUCAUGUUCUGUGUGGAUAGUGUUCCUUCCUUGUUACCUAAAUGCGGCUGACAGCAUUUGGAAAUCUUACUUUUUGUGUAGUUCACUGUUUCUCAUUGGAACAAUAACUCUGUUAGGACUUCUCGUGCCAAAAGUUUUUCUUGUUUAUUUUGGCACCACAGUUGAACCGUGUGGGGAUGCUACACUUACAGGGACAAUGGAUGAUAAGAGCAGAAGCGAACAUCGUAGGGAUACUAUGACCAUGGUGUCCACCGAAUUGGACUCCAAUUGGUCCAAGUACCAUUAUUCAAUUUUAUCCUCUACUAACCAAAAAGUGAGUCUUUUUGGAGGACUUGCGAUACAGUGCUACUGGUCAGUAAUUUCAGUCGAACAAGAGACUAAGACUAUUGAGCUGAAAGGUGACAUAAUACUUGGAGGACUUUUCCCAAUUCAUCGCAGAAGUAAACAAACGGAAAAUGCGUGUGGUGACAUCGACCCUCAACCAGGAUUUCAAUACUUAACUGCCAUGCUGUUUGCCAUUGAGGAAAUCAAUAACGAUCCAAACCUUCUCCCGAACAUUAGUCUUGGGGCGAAGAUCUACGACACUUGCCGAAGUCAGACGAUUGGUGCCGAUCGCGCUAAAGACAUCAUAAAAUAUACCCUCGUUGACCAUGGUCCACCCUUGGCAGGUGUCAUCGGUCCUUUUGUCAGUGAUGUUUCCAUUGCAGUGGCAAAUUUACUGCGUGUCUUUAACAUCCCCCAGGUCAGUUAUGGAUCAACCAGCGCGGAUUUAAGCAACAAAGAGAUUUACAGUUACUUUUUUCGCACCGUACCGCCUGACUCCUUUCAAGCUUACGCCUUGGUGGAUGUUCUAAAGAGACAAAACUGGGAUUACAUAUUCACUGUCAACUCUUAUGGAAAUUACGGGCAGAAAGGGAUGGCUGAAUUAGAAAAAGCUGCCGAAGCAGCAGGGAUUUGUGUUGCGCAUUCCACCCAACUCCCAAUUCUACCCGACCAUGAUGCCUUUAAAAAGGUGAUUAACAACUUCCUCAGGAAAAGGAAGGAAAACUCCAAUACAGUCAAUAGUGUUGUGUUAUUUACCACUCAGGCCGACUCGGCUGACUUGCUUCGCGCUGCUAAAGAGGCUGGAGCGAAACAGUUUACCUGGGUAGGGAGCAAUGGUUGGAGCAAUCGUGUUGACGUAACAGAAGGAAGGGAAGAGGAGGCUGAUGGCUCUUUAACUGUUAAUCACCUCGAGGGAAAAGUCCAUCGAUUCGACAGACACUUCAAGAAUUUAGCACUGGGUGACAACAAGUUUAAUCCCUGGUUUGAAGAGUUUUGGGAAGCAGUUAUGAAGUGCAACAUUCCAGGUAAGAGAGAAAACAAUCCACAGAUGUCUAGAAGUUGUGGAAACGUAGAAAGGCUUCCUGCUGACAUGGAAAUGGCGCCCGUUCGAGUGGUUAUCAAUGCGGUUUACGCCAUGGCGCAUGCUUUGCAUAAUCUGCAACAGGUCUACUGUCCAGGGGUGGUAGGGCUGUGUCAAAACAUGACCAGAAACUUUCGAAGAGAGAAAUUUCUUGAUUUCUUAAGAAAUGUGAGUUUCUCAGACUCGGCAUUAAACUUUACCGUUCGUUUCAAUCAGAAUCAAGAAAUAGACGGAGUUUAUGACAUUAAAAACUUUCAUAGAGGGACUGAUGGUAAGUGGAAGUACUCUAAUGUUGGUAAUUGGCAAGGAAGGCUUAUAGCGAGGAAACAAGUCCAAGGAAUACUGAAAUUAAACGAAUCGCUUAUAGACUGGGGAAGAGACAAAUCUCAUCCUCCGAGUUCCUUUUGUAGCAAGCCUUGCAAUGAUUCCCAAAUUCGCAAACCGAGAAGUCGAGCUCCUGAGUGCUGCUGGGACUGUAUUGAUUGUAAACCCAAUGAAAUUAUCAAAAAUGAAACCUGUAAAUCAUGCCCACUUGGCUACUCAUCCAUCAACAGCUUGUCCGUUUGCACAAAAAUACCAGUUUUGUACCCAGAGUGGUCAAGUGCGCCCGCGAUAUCCGUUGUCAUCUUCGUUGUCAUAGGAGUGCUUUGUGAAAUUGGGACAGCGGUUCAGUACAUCAAACACAGAAGUCACCCUUAUAUCAAAGCUGCUGGGAGGGAAUUAAGUGCCAUCGUGUUCAUGGGAAUCAUACUCUGUUACAUAACACCGCUCACUUUCCUGGGCAAACCGACAGACACGAUAUGCAGCGCGCGACGUUUUCUGGGAAGUAUAUGUUUCACAACGUGCUAUGCUCCCGUGCUUAUGAAAACAAUUCGUAUUUACCGCAUCUUCAAAAGCGCCAAAAGCUCAGUAACCCGGCCUUCACUCACCCGCCCAGGUUCCCAGGUCCUCAUCUCCAUGGGGCUGAUAGCAGUACAGCUGUUGCUAACCACUCUGUGGCACUUCUCAGAAGUCCCCGAGGCUGAAGAGGUGUAUCCCUCUGAGGGGACUGUCAUCUUGCAUUGUGCAGUGAACGAAUAUACCUUGGUAGUCAAUAUUUGCUACAACUCUCUUCUUAUGCUCCUGUGCACUAUAUUUGCGUUUAAAACGAGAAAUUUCCCCAGAAAUUUCAACGAAGCCAAGUACAUUGGCAUCAGCAUGUAUUUAACGUGUUCUGUGUGGAUAGUCUUCUUUCCAAGUUACCUUAAUACGUCCAGUCCUUACGUAAGAGUUUAUUUAACAUCCGGGACCCUCAUUGCGAUCGGAUCCAUAACACUGUGUGGACUUUUGGUUCCCAAAGUUGUUAUACUCUUCUUUACAAAUGGGAAAAACCCUAGUGUUGCUGAAUAUAGCACCACAGUUACAACGAAUAACACAACCAACCGCAAGCUAAGCAGUAACCCGUGUGCGGGCGCUCAGUUGCCAAGGAGUAUUUCUUUUGAGAUGGAUACAGCGGUAAACAAAGACGUUUCAUCUCGGUUCCUCACAGUUAAAUAAACUGCAACAAGCACAUCCAAUUUACCUAAAAUGGCCAUGUCAGCAAUUUUGU